AAACGGCGGUUCGAAACAGGGCUGUCAUCUGCUUCCAUCUGUUCUAGCUGCAGGUGCCUGAUGCAUGGACCUUGGUCGAGGUACCGGGAAUAGUUGCUGCUCACGAGUGCUGAUCAGAGAGACGCGACGGAAGGCUCGAUUGAGUUGUGGCAUUACUGUUGGAAGCAGAGUUGAAGCAGGGAAAACACCCAUGCUCAGCUGAGUUGGAGUCGCUCAGUAACCACUCCGUCAUCUGAUGACGCAAAAACCGGUUGCUUGUUGUGGUUUGCCUGUCUCGCAAAGCUCGUUACACCUUCAACUACUUUACGUGUCUGAACUGUCUCUCGACUUUCCUCCUCCACCUCAAACAUCUCAAUCCACCCACGUAUUUCCAUCACAACCAAUUGACACGAUAGAAUGCUUUCCGAAGGCGCAACAUUAACGGGCGAGACGGGCAAGAAGUACCUAGCAGUCAGCCCGUUAGGCCAAAGCAACGUCUGGACUGCCGUCGAGCAGAGCAAUGAUCCCAAGAAGCCCGUUCAGGUCGUCGUCAUCAAAGAGCCCGGCGAGGUCGACACAGAGCCAGGAUGGCCCAGCUUCCAGAACGAGAUGAUCAUGCACGAAGUCUUCAAAGACUCGCCAGCCAUCCGACAACAACUCGACAGAAUCCCCCCUCUCAAGGCCGGAGAUCCACCAAUGAUCGUCCUAGAGAUCACCGAAACGACCCUUUGGGGUGCUCGUACCAAGAGACCCAUGUCGCUAGCCGAGAUCAAGACUGUGGCCAAGGACGUCCUUGUGGGCCUGCGCGAUGUUCACGCUCAAGGCCUGGUGUACGCAGACCUCAAGCCUCAAAACAUCAUGGUCGACGGCUUCAACGCUGAGUCGGAAGGAAAGGACGAUCAUCUCAAGGCCAAGCUGGGUGAUCUAGGUCUCGUUAUGGAGCCCAUGAACGGCAAAGUCCAACCCAUCUCGUACCGUGCUCCCGAAGUCUACCUCAAAGGCGACAUCACCUCACGAGUCGACGUAUGGGGCUGGGCCCUCAUCUACUGCCAUCUUCUCGAAGCCCGUACUCGCUUCUCGAAGACCGGCCUCUACGACGACCUCGACACUAAGAGCGGAGGCAUGAAAGAAAGAGAGGACGCUGUCAAGAGUGCUUUGACAAACGACUAUAAGCUACAAAAUGAACCUGUCUACGGAAGCGUACCGCUGCCCCAGAACGAUCCAACCAAACACAAGGGCGAUCAGUGGGAGCUCUUGCGACAAAGAGGAUUGGAGGACGGUGAGGUCGACUUUCUCAGAUGGGUCUUGAAGGCCGACCCCUAUCAGCGGCCGUCCGUGAAUCAAAUCCUGGAGAGUGGAUGGCUCGAUAAGACAGCAGAAGAAGUAGCCGCUUCUGGCUUCACCCCUCCUGAGUUUGAGUUCCUCGAGUAUGACCCCAAGCGUGCCACACCGGAUGAGUUUGCAGCACAAGAAAAGCAAGAGGCAUCCAACAACAAGCAGGACCAAGGUAAUUACUUUGGUCUUGGUCAGACACAGCAGCAAACCAGACCCGCAAUGACGGAGAAGCGCUAUCACAGCGCGGAAGACGAGGUACCUGUCAAGAAGAUGUACGUGCCUGACGCCAAAUUGACGGCGCCGGCAGAGCAGCAGCAAGCAGGCCUUGCCUCUACUGCCAUUCCUACCCAGCCUACUCAAACGAGCACGUCAGCCGUACAGCCAACCCAAUUCCAGAGCGUCGAGAACAGCUCAACCUCAACCUCAGCCUUGCAGCCCACUCCGUUCAAGGACGUUAGCUCGUACUUCCAGGAUACCGCAGCUCCGUCUCCCUUCAGUGGCAAUGGUUCUAUCCAGAGCAAUGUGGCCGCUACUCCAUUCAAGAGCAUGGAUGCCACAGAGACCACGGCCAUCCCGAGCUCAUACACAAACGUCGGAUCAACCGGUAACAAAAUGGAGCCCACUCCCUUCACCAACACCAUUACCAUCCAGGAUGCCUCGGCUCCCGUUUCUUUCACCAACAUCAACGAGAGCAGUGUUUCCUCAGCCCCGCAAAGACCUCCUUUGAACACGACCAACACCGGCACCUUCCUCUCAUACCAAUAGAUUCGUUGAGAGAGAAGCGUCUUUUAUCAUUGCAUCCGUAUUUUAUGUAAUCAUUAGCCUUUGUUUCAGGAAACAAGAACAAGUUCAAUUCGCAAAUGCAUUUGGUUAAUACAAGAAAGAAGAAUUUACAAAAUAAAAGAAGAACUAGUACUGUGAACCAUUAUCCCCGUCGUGACAUCGUGACAACAAUGAAGGCAAUUCAAUCCUCACAACUCGUCCGUCUUGAUCACACCUUUGACGCCCUCGACGACGG